UCCAUCGCAAAGUUAUGAAUGACACAUCGACUGUGUAGUUUAUGUACCUACGCGAUAUAUGCAAGCUGAUCGUGUAAUUACGCUUAAUAGUACGUUUAAACAAAAUGUUUUCAGUGAUAAAAAAUAUAUUACUGUGUUUCGCUUGUUAAUAAAAUUGUUAAUAAAUUACAGCUAAAUUUAAACAUUCUUUAAACAUUCGUUAUGGCAACACCAAAAUUUCCUGUAAAAGAAGCGCAAUUAUUACCCGAUCAACAUGAAUUUGUUGUGCCAAAAAAGCGUAUCAAGAUACCGACCGAUAUAACAGUUUGGCAAAAGUCUGAAGCAUAUUUUGAAUACUUGGGAUUUAUUUUAGCAUUAAAUGAAGCUGUUCAAGGCAAAGCUUUGGAUGCAGAGUAUCCACAAUCUCCUUUAGUGGAUAAUGUUAUACAGAUGUUAAACAAAUUUGAUGAAUGGAUAACAGAAAUUCCACCUACUGAACAGCCCCAACGAUUUGGUAAUAAAUCAUUUCGUAUAUGGCACGAAAGAUUGGAACAGAAUGCAAUAGAGGAAUUAAAGCAAGUAUUACCAGAGGAAUUGCAUCGUGCAAUCCUAGAGAUAGUUCAAUAUUUAUAUGAAAGCUUUGGAAAUCCAACUCGUAUAGACUAUGGGACAGGUCAUGAAAUGGCUUUUCUCAUGUUUCUUUGUUGUAUGUUUAAGAUUGGUGCAUUCAAAGAAGAUGAUAAAGUUGCUGUUGUAAUAAAAGUAUUUAAUAGAUAUCUUGAGUUGGAACGUAGACUUCAAUUAACGUAUCGUAUGGAACCAGCAGGUAGCCAUGGUGUUUGGAGCUUAGAUGAUUAUCAAUUUGUACCCUUCAUAUGGGGUAGUGCUCAGCUUAUUGGACAUCCUAGAAUAGAACCCCGUCAUUUUGUAGAUCAAGCUAUUGUAGAAUCUUACAGCAAGAAAUACAUGUUCCUUGGCUGCAUUGAAUUUAUUUCAAAGGUGAAAAUAGGACCUUUUGCUGAACAUUCGAAUCAAUUGUGGAACGUUAGUGCAGUAUCCACAUGGUCGAAAGUAAAUAGUGGUCUUAUCAAGAUGUAUAAAGCAGAGGUGUUGGCAAAGUUUCCUGUUAUUCAACAUGUCUUCUUUGGUUCAUUAUUACCAUUAACACCAAUGAAUGCUCCUCCAAAUUACAGAGGAGUUCAUCUCAAUACACCACCACCACCACCACCAUCAGCAACAUCACAAUAAACAAAAAAUAAUUUGCGUAUUAAAUAUUAUUAUUAUAGUGGAACGUUUUAUUACAUUUCCCAAUACUUGUAAUAAAAUUUUACGUUAUCUUACACAUUUCAAUAUUCUACUUCUGCUAACUUUGAAUGUGUUUCUGUAGCUUAUUGAAAAGUUGUGUUCAUUUGUAAUAUAUAAAAAGAUAUUUUCACACAUUGUGAGUUGUAUGAUAGAAGAUGUA